AUGGCCGUCAGCGUGCAGUGGCCGCGGGCGUUCCGGGCGGUGGUGCUAUUCCUGUGGCUGCUGUCCACGGCGGUGGCGGCCGGUCGUUACCGACUGCUCGUGUUGCACACCAACGACAUGCACUCGCGGUUCGACGAGAUCGACGGGACGGGUGGCGCGGAAUGCGCCUCGGACGGCCGGCCGUGUUACGGCGGUUUCGCGCGGAUCAAGGCGGCCGUCGACCGGGAGCGCCGGAACGCCGACGUGGACGGCGCGCUGUUCCUCAACGCCGGCGACACGUUCCAGGGCACGGCGUACUACACGUUACUCAAGUGGCGGGCCGUCCAGCGUAUGAUCGGGGCGCUCGGCAUCGACGUCAUGUGUUUGGGAAAUCACGAAUUCGAUGACGGCGUGGAAGAUGUUGAAUCGUUCAUAAAAAAUAUAAAUACUCCAGUUGUAGCAAGUAAUCUCGAUCUAACUAACGAAUCAUCUUUGGCCAGCCAGUCGAACUUGAUGAAAUCUAAAGUUUUGAUGGUAAAUGGUCGCAAAAUUGGAAUUAUCGGAUACUUGACACCAGAGACAGCGGUUAUAACACGAGUGGGCAACGUGAAAAUAUUGCCGGAAAUUCCGUCGAUUGUGGCUGAGGCGAAACGUUUGAAAAACGAUGGUGUGGAUAUUCUUAUAGCACUUGGACAUUCUGGUUUAGAAAUGGAUACACAGAUAGCCAGAGAUGUUGAGGACAUCGAUUUAGUAAUUGGUGGUCAUUCACAUUCGUUUUUGUACACAGGAAAUCCACCAGACAUCGAUAAGCCUGUUGGUCCUUAUCCUAUUUGGGUGAAUCAACCAAACACCAACAGAAAAGUGCCGGUUGUUCAUGCAUUUUACAUUACAAAAUAUUUGGGUAAAUUAUGGAUGGAGUUCGACGAAGCCGGUGAAGUUAUCAGAAGUUUUGGGAAUCCGAUUUUAUUAGAUUCCAAUAUUGAACAAGAUCCCAAACUAUUAAACGAAGUAAAAAGUAUGAGAAAAAUGAUCGAGGAGAAGACUAAACAAGUGAUUGGUUCGACAAGUGUAUUUUUAGAAGGUGUCAACGAAUACUGCAGGUUCAGAGAAUGUAACCUGGGAAAUUUCAUUACGGACUCUUUCAUAGAUUAUAAUAUUCGAAAUAAUAUCAAAUCGUUUGACUUGAACAAAUACUGGACCGACGCGCCGAUAGCGUUAUUACAAGCUGGUGGUAUACGGACAAACAUGAAUAAUUUAAAUAAAAGAGGUAACAUCACUUUUGGCGAUUUGCUGUCAUCGAUGCCGUUUCAAGAUGAUGUAGGUAAAAUUACGACUACGGGUUCAGACAUUUGGACAGCUUUUGAAUACUCCGUUCGACGGUACAGUACAACGGUAGCAAAUGGUGAAUUUCUUCAAGCUUCAGGAUUGAAGGUCGUAAUAGAUCUUGGACAGCCCAGUGGCAAGCGUGUGCAAUCCAUUUACGCCAGAUGUGGAAAUUGUGCUGUGCCGCUAUAUGAGAAAUUGAAUUUAAAUGCAAAUUACACAAUAAUUAUUAGUAAUUAUCUAUCAGAAGGUGGGGACGGCUUCUCGUUCCGAAAAAUGGUGAAAUAUGAGAGUUUCAAAAAAACAGAUUUGAACAUCGUGGAAGAAGAAUUGCGCGCGAAGUCUCCAAUAUGGCCGGAAAUAGGUCAACGGAUAGUGCUGCUCAAAGUGGAUGAGUUGCACAAGAUACAGACAACCAGCACAGAUAGUCAACUUGCUUCGACAUUCUUGUCAGACUUGAUAAUAUUACUGUUGGCGAUCGCUAUCGCGUUGUGUGUAGUCGACCAAUGGCUUGCCUACGAGAGGUUAUGA